AUGGAGGACUCUCACAGCUCGGCGGCGCGCCGUGGGGCCGGAGGUGAGAGGGGGCAGGCUUUCCCAGAAGGCUCCGAGGGCCUCCGACCAUCUCGAAGAAGCCCUGCCAGGCCUUUUCCCAGGCCGCAGGAGGCCUCUCGGACGGCCGAAGGGCUUCUGAGAAGCUCCUCCUCCUCCUCCUCCUCCUCUCCUCCUCCUCCUCCUCCUCCUCCUCCUCCUCCUCCUCCUCCUUUCCUCUCCCUCCUCCUCCUCCUCCUCCUCCUCCUCCUCCUCCUCCUCCUAGGCCUGCCCCCCCUCUGCCUGGCCCACUGGGGCGCGCCGCCGAACAUCGCCAUCGCCGACGUGGCAGAGGAGUUCGCCGGCGUCGGGCUCUACUGCGUCUUCGACGGGCACGGCGGCAAGGCCGUGAGCAGCUUCUGCAAGGCGCGCUUCAAGGACGAGCUGCGGGAGCUGACGCAGGAGCUCGGCAGGGCCAAGUUCGGGAAGAACAAGAACGCGAAGCGCAAGUGCGGUUCGAAGCUGGAGGCCAGCGACUUCGACGACAUCCUCAAGCGCUGCUUCCACAAAAUGGACGAGCUCCUCCGCGACCCGGCGAACGCGAAGCAGCUGUCGAAGCUCGUCGGCAAGGUGCCCGGCGGUGCGAUCGACGACCUGAAGAAGCAGCUCUCGAGCGCCCAGGCCAGGCACCAGAGGGGAGAGCUGUCGCAGGCGGAGCAGCACGAGAUGAAGGAGAAGUACACCAGGCUGCAGAAGUUCGAGCAGGCGGAGAAGGGCGAGAACUUCGUGGCAGACAAUGUGGGCUGCACCGCCAUCUGCGUCCUGGUCCGCGAGGGCGACAUCGUGGCCGCCAACGCCGGGGACAGCCGCGCCGUGCUGUGUCGCGCGGGCCAGGCGGUGGCGCUCUCCUUCGAUCACAAGCCGGCGUCGGAGGUCGAGAAGGCGCGCAUCGAGGCCGCUGGGGGCUACCUGGAGGACACCCCUGGGGGCGCCCGGGUGAACGGCAACCUGAAUCUCAGCAGAGCGAUUGGCGACCUGGAGUACAAGAAGAGGUCCGACCUGCCGCCGGAGCAGCAGAUCAUCUGCUCCACCCCCGACGUGCUGACAGAGACGCGCACGCCGGAGGACGAGUUCGUGAUCUUGGCAUGCGACGGCGUAUGGGACGUGCUGACGAACCAGGAGGCCUGCGAUUUUGUGCGCGAGCGCCUGCUGAAGGGCACGGACGUGGCGCAGGUGGGGGUCGAGCUGCUCGACAGGUGCCUCAGCCCAGACCCGCAGAAGACGGACGGGCUCGGCACCGACAAUAUGACGGCGGUCGUGGUGAAGUUCAACGGCGCGCCCGCGUGGGCGCCCGCGUAG